CAAGGCACAAGUUGAAUUUUUUUUUCGUGUUCUGCUCUGCAACUUUAAACUUUAGUGUUUUAAAAUAUUUAAUAUUCUUUUUGAAUUAUUAUACAUGUGUACAAGUUCUUGUUUAUUGGCAGAUUAAUAGAAGACGCAAUAUUAUCCUAACAGUUUAUUAUUUUGUGCCAAAUUAUAUUUUGUGAAAAUUAUCGAAGCUUGAGCGAAGAAUUAACAAUGGGCAAGGCCUGGUGAUCGUAUUCCAGAUUUCCAAAUGCAUACCGAUCAAGAAAAAAUAACGGAAGAAUGAAUAUUGUAGGACUUGUAAAAAGAUCUUAUUCUGAUUAUGGAACUAUUUUUAAAGACUAUUGGUAUACGAUAGCAGAAGAAUUGAGGAAUAACUUUGCCUGGUCGCUAAGCUUGCUCCUGUUACUUAUCUCCAUUACAAUUGGGCUCUACUGCUGGAGACGGAUAUAUUUAAAAAAGCUUCGAGACAGGGCAGCACAAUUAUUAUUUCAAAACCAUGAUUCAUCACAAUUGCGAUUCCGAAAACGUGACAAAAUGUUAUUCUACGGUCGUCGUAUGCUAAGAAAAGUGAAGUCUAUAUCAGGCCAGGCAGUGCAGGGCAGAAAAAGAAAAGCCGUGGUGCGCUUCGCAAAACGUUUACUCCACAUGCGCAGAGAUAAUGACCCAAUACAGCUUCAAGUGGUAGAACCUCCAGCUGAAUACUUAGAGGAAGCAGCUGAGGGUAAUGACAAAGUUCCGCCUGAUGCUCUAUAUAUGCUUCAAAGCAUUCGAAUUUUUGGCCACUUCGAGAAACCGGUGUUCUUAAAGAUUUGUAAACAUACAGAAAUAAAAAAUUUAAUUGCCGGGGAAUCACUUAUUAAAGUAGGAGACAAUGACGAUAGUGUAUUCAUUGUGCAAUCCGGUCAGAUUAACGUGUUUCUCAAUAAUCCAGAUGGCAGCUCAAUAGCCCUCAAGGUUGUGCGUAAGGGAGAGUCGGUAACAUCUUUGUUGAGUUUUAUUGACGUGCUUGUGGGAAACGUCAGCCAAUACAAGACAGUCACAGCCAGAGCAAUGGAAGAUUCUCAAGUUAUCCGCUUGCCUAUGUUUGCAUUCAAGGAAGUAUUUGAUGAAAGUCCUGAUUUACUAAUUCGCGUCAUUCAAGUUAUAAUGAUCCGCUUACAGCGAGUAACCAUUACAGCACUGCAUAAUUACUUAGGUUUAAGCACUGAGUAUAUCCAAUGCUCAUCUCAGCGUAAAAAAGUCGUCGUCCCAAUGAAAAAUAGUCCUGGUCAUCGUCGAAUUCCUUCGGACGUGCAGAUGCCUUCCCACUCGUUGGUGGGUCAAGCAACAAAUAGUGAAACCAAACCGGACAUGCUUGCGGAUUUAGCUGAUCACGUUGGAAGUAGGCGCACUUCUGCACUUCCGAGUGAACCGAUGGAAGAUACUGUAAUGAAGUCAAUAGCUAUUGAAGGUUUUCUUAAGGAAUUAGGUUUAAAGGAAGGAGACAGACCCUUCAUCGAAGACAACAUUGUUUUAAAGGAAAUUGCUCCUGGUACAACGUUAACGCAUCAAGGUCGCAGUGAUGAUGUACUCCUUAUUUUUGUUAUUAGCGGCGGAUUAACAAUAGCGCAAUAUCCACAGAUCAACAUUGGUUGCAACAAAAAACUAGACAAAUCCGAAAACCAUACUGUUGCUAUUCAUCCCGGUGACGUUGUGGGGGGUCUAGCAGUACUAACAGGCGAAAGUAGUUUGUAUACCAUUAAAGCAAAGCACUACUCCAGAGUUGGACUACUGAGCAAGGAGAUCAUCUAUAGCAUAAUGCGUGAACGCCCGGGGGUUGUCUUAGACAUUGCGGACAGUGUAGUCAAACGACUAUCGCCUCUAGUACGUCAAUGCGAUUUUGCAUUAGACUGGAAUUUCCUCGAAUCGGGUAGAGCAGUCUAUCGACAGGAUGAAAAUAGCGACUGCACCUAUAUUGUGCUAAAUGGUCGUCUUCGCUCAGUUAUUACUCAUUCGAACGGAAAAAAAGAAAUUGUUGGAGAAUACGGCAAAGGCGACUUAAUCGGCAUAGUGGAAAUGAUUACUGAGACACCACGUACAACUACUGUAAUGGCAGUUCGCGAUUCUGAGUUAGCCAAAUUACCAGAAGGACUAUUCAAUGCAAUUAAGUUUAAAUAUCCAAUUGUGGUAACUCAACUGAUAAGCUUACUUAGUCAUCGUAUCCUAGGAUCUAUGCAAUCUGCUUCAAUUAAAGGGAGCUCUUUGACAGCCGUCCCAUUUGACACUAAUCAACAGAUUCAACAUCGAUAUUCUACUGUAGCCAUUGUUGGAAUAAUUGAAGAUGUUCCACUGACCGCGUUCACUUACGAAUUGUAUCACUCGUUGUGCGCUAUCGGGUCUACCUUACGACUCACAUCCGAUGUUAUACGUAAAACGUUAGGACCACAAAUUAUGGAGCAAUCUAAUGAAUAUCGUUUGACCAGUUGGCUUGGUCAACAAGAAGAUCGUCACAACAUUGCACUGUAUCAGUGUGAUCAAACGUUUGGUCCAUGGACACAACGCUGUUUACGCCAGGCUGACGUGAUAAUCAUUGUAGGACUAGGUGAAUGCCCACCUACGAUCGGAAAGCUUGAAAAAGAAAUAGAUAGACUAGCAAUACGAACAGCAAAAGAGUUGGUUCUUCUACAUCGUGAAGGUUCGCGUCGCCCUACUAAUACAACCAGGUGGCUGAACAUGCGAGCAUGGGUAUCACAACAUCACCACAUCCAAUGCCCAAGGCGUAUGUUCACGAGAAGAAGUCAAUAUCGAAUUAAUGACUUAUAUAGUAAAGUUCUUAUGUCUGAGCCAAAUAUUCAUUCGGACUUUUCAAGAUUGGCUCGGUGGUUGACUGGAAAUUCUGUUGGAUUAGUGCUCGGCGGUGGAGGAGCUCGUGGUGCAGCACAUGUUGGUAUGUUAAAAGCCAUUCAAGAAGCUGGUAUUCCAAUUGAUAUGGUUGGAGGUGUUAGCAUUGGAGCCUUCAUGGGAGCACUCUGGUGCUCCGAGAAAAACAUAACAACUGUUACGCAGAAAGCUCGUGAAUGGUGUAAGAAAAUGACCCAAUGGGGUCGACAGCUUCUUGAUCUUACAUAUCCCAUGACCUCCAUGUUCUCUGGAAGAGAUUUCAACAAAACCAUUCAUGGGACCUUUGGUGAUGUAUGCAUCGAAGAUUUGUGGAUUCCGUACUUUACGCUUACCACCGAUAUUUCGGCCAGCUGCGCACGUACUCAUACUCACGGCUCUCUUUGGCGCUAUGUUCGAUCAUCAAUGUCACUUAGCGGAUACAUGCCACCGUUGUGUGAUCCAAAAGAUGGACAUUUGCUGCUGGAUGGCGGUUAUGUCAAUAACCUACCAGCGGAUGUAAUGCGAGCUCAAGGUGCCGCUCAUAUAAUAGCAAUCGAUGUUGGAUCACAAGACGACACCGAUCUCACAGACUAUGGCGAUGAUCUGUCCGGAUGGUGGUUACUCUACAAACGCUGGAUCCCGUUCACCUCACCUGUUAAAGUACCAAACCUACCAGAUAUUCAGUCCCGCCUAGCAUAUGUUUCAUGCGUGCGACAACUGGAGGAAGUAAAAAAGAGUGAUUACUGUGAAUACGUUCGUCCGACAUUGGCUUUCGGGAGUUUUGAUGAAAUCAAAAACGUUGGAUAUGAACACGGCAAGUCUUAUUUCGAAAACAUGGCUAAAUGCGGUCGCUUAUCUCGUUUCAAUCAGUGGAGCCUGAGAGAUGUCCCUCAAAGAGUGAUGCAUUCAUUUAAUGAUUACACUUUCAUUGAUCUGGCACAAAUAGUAUGUAAGGUACCCGAAACAUAUCCGGAGCGAUGCUAUUCUUCGAGUGAAGAUGAUUAUUACGAUGGUUAUGCAUCUGAGCCGUCUACGAUCCCUAAGAGCUCGUCACUGCGAAUGAGGCGUCCCGCUGGCUCACUGUCACUAUCCGAAAACGAAAUGGAUUCGGAUGAAUUAGAGAUACCAGUUGCAUUCAAAAAAUUACAAGGAUCAACACCGACACCCGAAAGAAACGGUAGUGUACCUCCUACGCCGGAGAAAAUAGUGCACAGCGAUUGAAAGAGCAAUCAGAAGUUUUUGUUUGUGGAUGAAUAUUUUUGUUUUGUUUCUCCAACUUUUAUACCAAAUACAAAUCCCACUUUAAAUAAAAUUGGUAGGAUAUAGUCAUAAAAUAA